AUGGUCGCAAAGAUUGCGCACCUCUAUACAGGACCUUUGUGCCACUUGCAAGGUUGGGACGGUGCAUUGCCCGAUGGUGUUACGGACCAGGAAUGGGCCGAUGUGUACUCCAAGGUGCGCUUUAACUGCUUUGAAUCCGAGGGCAGCUGUUUGCUGCCUGUUAUGGCGCUUUUCAACCACAGCUGCGCCCCGAAUGCAGCCAUCACCCGCCUCGGCAUGGUUGAGGCGUGCAACUUUGCCAUGGUCGCUGUCUCAGAGACGCCAAUACUGCCGGGGACGGAGAUCGUGUACAGCUACAACUCAGACUACCUGUUCGUACCCUUCCAGGAGCGACGGCAGCUCUUGAUGAGUAAUUGGAGUUUCGUGUGCCGGUGUGCCAGGUGCAUUGAG